AUGAGCGCUCCAGUUUCCGCUAAGCAGGCAUUUGCUUUUCCCAAACUAAAAGUCAGGCACAAGACUCCUGUGCAGACUGACCGAUUUGUAUUUUACGACAUCAAGUUCUAUCCUUUUCAAGAACCUUUCGAUGAUGAUGAGCCCGUGUUCGCCAUGGUCAGCCCCAAGACGGUGCAGAUCGGGCGGGUGUCACUAAAGGCUAAAUCUACCGUAACAAUGAUCCACGAGAUGAUCGAUAAACAGGAAGAAGAUGAUCCAAAGUCUCUUGGGUUGAAUUCGUGUUCUUGGUGCUACAUCAAUCCCAGCGAACCGUUGUUGGUUGUCGCAGGUAACUCCGGGCAAGUCAAAGUUAUUGACGUCGUUGCUGGGAAAAUCAUCGACUCCUUGACUGGACACGGGUAUGGGACUAUCAAUGACAUUGCAACCCACCCCAUAUAUCCCUGGAUCGUGGCUACAGGGUCAAUGGAUCGAAGUGUGCGCAUUUGGGAUCUUCGUCGACGUAACAACAAGUAUCAGUCGCCUACCAUCAUCAUCUGUGGCCAGUCGACAGGCCAUAUGGAAGGGGUGCUGACCCUGACUUGGCAUGCAACGGGUCGUUAUCUACUCACUGGGGGACACGACCAUCGAAUAUGUGUGUGGACCAUACCGGACCUCGACGACGAUUCCACCUUCUGGCGCGACAUUUCUCCCGCUUAUAGGAAACGGAGUUCUCAUGAGGUCUUGACAAUCCACUAUCCCCACUUUGUCACUUCUGCUAUCCAUGGCAAUUUUGUCGACUGUGUUCGCUUUUGGGGGGACCUUAUCAUCUCCAAAGCCUCGGACGAGCACAAAAUCGUACUAUGGAAGAUUACAGGCUUUGAUUCGAGACAAGAACCACCAAGCACUCACACUGCACCGAAAACGGAAGAACAUUUUAACACCCGCAAUGGCUUCAUCAGACGAGCCAUUGUAGCCGACGACGGAGGAGUAGUUACUAUUGAAGUGGCCAAACACUUUGAAAAUGCCGAGCUCUACGAUCGAUUGUUGACGUUUGACAACCCCAAAAGCGAGCAUUUCUAUAUGCGAUUUGGGUUGUUGUCCCCGUCACCCAUUCAUCCCCACCUCCACACAAUGCUUGCAGCAGCUAGCAAUCUAUCUGAAAUCAGAUUCUGGGAUCUUGAAAGAAUGUCCCUGGGCCGUGCCGCCGACGAGGAUAAUCACCCAAGCCAUGGAACUAAGAGGAAAUUUGGCAAAGGAGUUCCACGUCCAGUGAGAGUGCAAGAUCGAGCUAGCCGGCUGAGUGGUACUCCGAUAGAGAAGGACUCAUCCAUGUCAGGGACGACCAAGGACGGCUCUCCAGCGUGGCCUCGUCAGAGUUCGACCGAGGCGACGAGUGAAAUGUCUGACAGAGCAUCCCCCUUACCAGCAGGACCACCAGUACCCAGAAAGGAUCGAGAAAAGUAUCCCGUGCACGACCCAACAAUUUUGCAAAAGGCGCACGCCAAACAUUCACUGAUUGAUCUCCAGUUUAAGAACCAGGCAUUUAGUGGAAGAUCGGUUGAUUGGAGUCCCUGUGGGCAGUGGUGCAUUGUGGUGGGGGAAAGUCAAGGAGAACACGGGGGAAUAGGAGCAUUUGCUGUUUUUCACCGGGCCUUGACGCCGGUCUAGCUGGUUCUCAUGAUGUCUGGGAGACGAGCCAC